GGAGGGUUCUCUCUACAUAGUCGCAUACAGAACUGAACUCUGUGAUUUCCAAAGGGGAAUGAAAGGGUUCUCCUCUCUAGCUUCAAGGGCUUCUUCACCUGCUUUCACAAAUCUCUCUAAACAAAACCACAAUUCCCUCAGACCCAUUACUCCAAAACCCUCAAAUCUUGACUCUGUUGCGACCACUAGCAGCACCACCACUCAACAAACUUCACCCGGUAAGUCUUCAUUGAACUGGCGUUCCAACACUUCAAUUGCAGCUAAAAAACGAAACUUUCAAGGAAGUGGUAUUGAUUACGGGUAUUUUACUCAGAUUCUUGCAAGAAAUGACUGGUAUUUAUUGCUAAACCAUGAGUAUAAAGCCAAGAGGGUUACUCUUAAUCAGCAAGCAGUUGUUAGUAUUCUGCAUAAUCAAGAAAAUCCAUUACACCCUUUUAGAUUUUACAUCUGGAUUACGAAUAUUUGUCCCUCUUUUGCCAAGAAUCAAUCAGUUAAGGGGGUCUUAGGUAAUGUACUGUAUAGAAAAGGUCCCCUUUUGUUGUCAGCUGAGCUAGUUCAGGAUAUCAGAAACUCUGGAAAUUUAAUUACUGUGGAUUUGCUUUGUGUUCUGAUUGGUAGUUGGGGGAGAUUAGGCUUGGGAAAGUACUGUGCUGACAUUUUGGAGCAGGCUUCUUAUUUGGGAGUCGCUCCUAGUACUAGGUUGUAUAAUGCAGUGAUCGAUGCGUUGGUCAAGUCCAAUUCACUUGACUUAGCUUAUCUAAAGUUUCAGCAAAUGCAGGUGGAUAAUUGUAAUCCGGAUAGGUUUACGUAUAAUAUUCUCAUUCAUGGAGUUUGUAAGGUUGGGGUUGUGGAGGAAGCGAUUCGGUUGGUUAAACAGAUGGAAGGAGCGGGAUACUCUCCCAAUGUGUUUACUUACACCAUUUUGGUUGAUGGGUUUUGUAAUGCUAGAAGGGUGGACGAGGCUUUUGAGCUCUUCCGGAGAAUGAAGGAUAGGAAUAUUGUUCCAACUGAAGCUACUGUAAGAUCAUUGGUUAAUGGGGUAUUUCGUUGUAUGCCACCAGAUAAGAGUUUUGAAUUAUUAUCUAGAUGGUUAGAGAAGGAACCUGCCUUGCCUAAUAUAGCUUUUGCUUCCGUGCUACAUUGCCUUAGUACUAAUUUUUUGCCAACAGAAGCAGCCCAACUUUUAAGAAUAUCAAUUGAUAGAGGUUACGUCCUGGAUAACGCUACUAUUAACAUUGUACUGACUUGUUUAGUCAAAGGAUUAGAGCUUGAUGAUACUUGUCAGAUGUUAGACUUUAUCACUCUUCGAGGUAUGAAGGUUAGUAUUGAUAUAUAUCUUGCACUUGUUGAUGCUCUUUACAAAGCAGGGAAAGUAGAAAAGGGGAAUGAAUAUUUGUUCCAGAUGUUUAAGGAUGGUCUUGUAUCUAACACAUUCUUCUAUAACCGGGUCAUUGAUUGCUUCUGCAAAAUCAAAAUGAUGGAGAAAGCAUCAGAGGCUUUUAAAGACAUGCUUCAGAGAGGUCUCGCUCCCAAUCUUGUGACUUUCAACACUCUUAUUAGUGGACAUUCUAAGGUAGGGAAGGUUGACAAGGUACGUGAGCUACUGGUCAUGCUAUUGGAACAUGGUUUUCGACCAGACAUUUUCACGUUUAGUUCACUGAUUGAUAGCCUUUGUAGAGUAAAUCGGAUUGACGAUGCUUUAGACUGUUUCACAGAGAUGGUAGAAUGGGGAGUUGCUCCAAACGCUGUUACAUACAAUAUCUUAAUUCGUGCACUCUGUGUCCUCGGAGAUGUUGGUGGAUCAAUGAAAUUAUUAAGAAAAAUGCAAGAUGAUGGAAUAAAAGCAGAUGUUUUCUCCUUCAAUGCCUUAAUUCAAAGUUUUUGUAGGAUGAAUAAGAUUGAUGAGGCACAAAGGCUUCUUGUAAGCAUGUUGACACUGGAUUUGACCCCUAAUAAUCAUACUUAUGGUGCAUUUAUUAGGGCCUUAUUUAACUCGGGGAGAUUUGAUGAAGCUAAGAACUUGUUUUUGUCAAUGGAAGCAAAUGGAUGCAUCCCUGACGCUUCCACAUGUAAAUUAUAUUUUGAUUCAAUUGUCCAAUCAAGCUGUAGUGAAGAAGCUCGGGAUGUUUUAAGGGAGUGCAGGAAAAAGGGGAUGCUAGUGGAACCCGUUACUACUUCAUAGUAUCUUUUUUUAGGAGUGAUUAUCAUCACUUAAAGCCGACAACCUACACUGCUCGUUAGCCCACCGUGAACAUAACAUUGCUAUUGACUCAACAGGCUGGAGCCAGAUGUAAUAUAGGAAGUGAAUGAGCUGUUAAAAGAAAAGUAACAUGCACUCGUUUUUCUGUGAGAUUUGGAAUAAUAAUGAGGUGCUUAAUUGAUCUGAAGAAAUCUGAUUUUCAGAUCAAGGACCUGAGUGAAGGAAAAAGGAGUUACUGGCUCGUUCUUAUCAAUACCAAACCAAUACUUACUAUGGAUGCUUCACUGUGAAUGCGAAGAUGGAGCCCUUGUUUAUAUCUUAUACAUGAAACCUAGGUGUUAAUUUAUAAAAGGUUUUUGUUCUGCCUCCAUACAUGAUGAUGAAUCUUUUCUUCCUUUUCAUCUCUGUUCUCGUCUAGAUGGAGUGAACUGUACUCAUGACUGGUUUAAGUCUUUGUGCUCAUGCAGCUUCUAUGAAAGAAGUUUUUCUUGACUACUUCAACCAUGUAAAGAGGGCGAAACAUAAGCUGGCUAGCAAUAUAGGCUCCUGACAUGUGGUUUAAGCCCCUUCUCGUAAAGGAAAUGGAGAUAUUUGAUCAUUGAAAGCUGUGUUAGCUGAAAAGGUUUUAAUUUCAGCAUCUGUGGUCAUAAAGCAUCAAUAUUGUGUUCUAAGUUGGCCUUUCGAGGCUAGGAUGGUUUCCUGCCAGUUGAAGAUUCUUCUUGUGGUUUAAAGGAGCGUACAAUGGCAGAAGUUCAACUGCGUCUUGGUCCUUAACCGAGAAGACUCGUAAGAGGAACAAUCACGAAGAAGUGACACGGCCCCAUCUUUAAUAUUUCCAAAAUGGAAGCUGGGUUUGGUCUUUCACCUUAUUUCACUAUUUCUGUGGGUUCCUGUCUUUCCGAGAAGUACUAGUGGCUAAGGAAUCAUCAAGAGUUCACUAUACAUCUCCCUGUAUCAAUGUUUUCUAUUACUUAGUGCUUGAAUGAGGAACCAUAGCAGGUUUCCUCUUGGAAAUUUGUAUAGACUGAAUUGACAAGGACUAACGAUUUAUUAGUUUGUUAUCUGUCACAUGUAACAUUUUGCUAAUGUGAACACUUAAAAGUGAAUUCUUGAUA